AUGCGUCGAGCUGCUCGGCAAGAAGUUCCUGCGGCCUUUGAGGCCGAGUCAGUGGCUGAAGCUGAGAGUCAUGCAGUAACCUGGGCCUUUCCCGAGGGUGGCCGACAGGCAUGGACCUGCCUACUGGGGUCCUGUUUACUCAUGUUUCCCUCGUUUGGUUUUCAGACUGCCAUUGGUUCUGUUCAAGAAUAUAUCAGCACGAACCAGCUUGCCGGGUAUAGUGUCCGCGACGUAGGCUGGAUCACUGCCAUCCUGGUGUUUCUGACUCUAUUCCUCGGAGUCCAAGUUGGUCCUCUUUUUGAUCGAUAUGGACCACGGACUCUGUUGAUUUGCGGGUCGCUGGCCAGCUUCAUGUCGUACAUGCUGCUCGCAGAAUGCACCAAGUACUGGCACUUCAUCCUGUGUUUGUCCGUGCUUGGAGGAAUCGCCGCCGCAGUUAUUACCACCGUGUCGAUUGCUGUCCUGAGCCACUGGUUUUAUCGCCGGCGCGCGCUUGCGUCCGGCCUCUGCAUGGCGGGAUCCUCUGCCGGCGGAGCGAUCCUACCACUCGUUCUACGGGCGCUAUUCCCGCGGUAUGGUUGGACAAUUGCCAUCCGCGUGGUCGCCUUCAUCGCGCUAGGAUGUUAUGCGCUAGGUGUAAUCCUAGUCCGUGGACGACUACCCCUAAGUGGCAGCGCCAGCAAAGCAACGAUUGACUUCCGCGCGUUCAAGUCACUGCGCCUCUGCUUCCUGACCGUGGCCGUGUUCUCCUUCGAGUUCAUCAUCUUCGGCUGUGCCGCACUACUACCAACGUACGUGCGCUUUGCCGGAAUGUCCACAGACAUCCAGUUCUACUCCCUCACCGUCUUGAACAGCAUGAGCUUGCUGGGCAGAGUCUUUCCCGGAGUUGCCGCCGACCUGUUUGGGCGCUUUAACAUCCUGCUGUGUCUAGUAGUAGUCACAAUGGUAGCCAUGGCGGCCGUGUGGCUGCCCUUCGGCACCCGCGACGAGACAACACUGCUCGCUGUCGUUGCGGUAUUUGGAUUCGGCUCUGGCGGGUGGCUCUCGCUGGCGCCGGUGUGCGCCGGCCAGUUAUGCAGAACAGAAGAGUACGGACGCUACUAUGGCACCAUCUACUUUGUGGCGGCGUUUGGGGUCCUCUUGACGGUUCCUGUUGGGGGCGAUCUGCUGCAGUCAACCACGCCCAGGGUGCUCAUUGGGUUCUAUUCGGCGGUGCUGCUGGUUGGGUUUGUUGCGCUUGCGUUGUCGAGAUGGGCUUUGUUGGAGUGGAGGUGGAGGUGGAAGGUGAAGGUAUAA